AUGACGCCUUUUUUGUUAAAAGAGAAACCCCGAGAAGACUCAACGAAGCUUGUUUUGAAAACAGAAAGAAAACAACAAACAGAAAGAGAAAUGGAUCUGAACUACCGCGAAUCGGACGAAGAAGUCGUCAAGAUCGAGCCCAACUCUUCGAUGAGCAUGGACGGCCAAGACAUGACAUUCGGCCUCGGAACCGGCCUCGACCAGCUUCCCUUCGGAGCCAUUCCCAGUCAACAAGCAGUCGCGCAGCCAGCACCCCGAACCCCAGCCAACCCUACUGGCGGCAAGAAAGUGUCUGGGCGAGUAGAACGAGCUGCCAGAAUCGCGGAAUUAUUCGACGCUGGAUCUCCUCGAGUCCGACUUGACCACUUCGUCUACAAAGUCGAUGACAAUCCGGUCUUCGACGCUGCUCGAGUCUUUCUGGACGGCGAGUGUCAAAACCUUGUCUAUUGCUGUGACCCGAAAUGCGCCGAAAAACCCACCUUCAAACGAUUUUUUAGUGGAAUGGAGCGCAGAAGAGCUUUCAAUACUUUGAAGCCUCAACGCUCAAAGUUCUAUCAGCACUCGGAUAAUAAUCAUGGCACUUAUUAUCGGUUCUUACGGGGCUCCACUGUCAAAUCCCAUACCAAAGCCAGUCAAGCCAAGAAUGCUCAGCAGCAACAACAGCAAUUGGCCUCACUACAGGCCGCCCAAGCGGCUCAAAAUCUUCCAAUGCCUGGCGUCACUGGAAUGCCUGGCACUUCUGGACUGAACAUUCUCCCUCAGCAAGUGCUGCCAAAACCACCAAAGCAGCCGAAACAGAAGAAGUCGCCAGCUGGCGGAGUAAAGGCAGCACAGAUGCAAGAGUUUGUCGCGAUCUGCUCGGAUAUCAUGACGAAAGUGUCCAAACACGAGCUUCCCGGCGACUUUUGGACUUCCGAGGAAAUGUUCGAGUUCGUCUACGGCCUUGUCGAGCGACAACAGCGCGGAGAACCAGUCACUCAAAUCACCAUCGAAGAAGCGCUCGAUAAACUGAAGACACGCCACGAGUUCAAAGAGCAGAACAUUCUCGCCAUCGAAGACGGAAUGGCGCCUCCGACCAAGAAAAUGAAAGUGGCAAACGACGAAGACGUCCGCACCAUCGUCCAAAUCUGGGAAAGCCAGCCAAUGCGGAUUUCGCUCGAAGACCAUAUCUUCCCAAUUGACGACUACAGCCAGUUCUCUAUCUCCCGAGUUCGAUUGGACGGCGAAUGUCUUGGCUUGAUGCGAUGCAAUCAUCCUCUCUGCGCCGAAAAGCCACUAGCCGACCGACUUCACAAGAUUUGGUUCUCCUCGCGCACCGGGCAGCCACACAAGUACUCGGUCCGUCGCCACCACGAGCAGUGCCACUUCGGAAAGAUGCUCUCUCGAUCUCAAAUCAUCGACGCUGCUGCCCUUGUGAUUUCCGACUCGCAGCUUCCACUCGAUAGCUGGUCCAAGCCAUCAUUCAAGCACUUCAUCUCCAGCUGCGGCCAGUCGACCACUUUCAACAAGAACACGAUCUCCGUCGAGGAAAUCGUCGCUGCGAUGCGAAAAGCGAAUCGACCUCUUUCCGAAUCUCAUCGAAUUGAGCUGAUCAACGCUGGAAAAGCGAUUCUCAUCUACGAAACGGAUCCAAACCGGGCUGAAGUGAAACCAGAGCCAAUCGAGAAGCCGGAAGAAAAUGACGGCAUUCAAAUUGAAGAAAUUGAAGGCGGAAUCGAUGAUUCCAUGGGAGAAGACAUGCCCUUGUCCGAUUUGCUUAACCAGCCACCGAAACCGCCUGCUCAGCUUUCGCUAGCCGCAGUAACUUCUGCAUCUGGCGAUGGCGGAGGAACUGCCACACCAUCUGCGGCGUCAGGCGGGAUGCCAACUGGUGCCACGGGCACCUCCAACGCUGCAAAGGCUCCACUUCCUCCCGGGAGCGCCGCGGCGGAUGUUGUAGCUGCUGCGAAAGCUGGUAACGCUUCUGCUUCUGGUGGUGCAACUGGGGAUCCUCCCGGCGCCGAAAGUGACGACGACGACCUCGAAGACGAGGAUGAAGAGAUGGAGGACGAGUCCGACAUCCCGAUAGACCAGGAGAUCGUCAAAUAUCCUGGGAAGUGCACGGACCUCUAUGCGGUGUACGAACGCUGGGCGCCGAUUCUGUCCACAGAAGCGAAAGAAAAGCUCGUGGCGGACUUUUCUCUGAACGAUCCUCUGUACCAGAAGCCAGAGGACAUCGAAGACCCGGAACUGCGACUGACGAUUCGAGACGAAUGGGUGACUGUCUUCCCUGCCUGGCUGGCCAACUUCAAGCCCAUGAAUGCGAAGGACGACGGCUUCCAGCGGAUACCACUUUCGGACAUUCUGGCGAUGCGGCGAAUGUACAGAACUGAACUUCAAGCCCGCCGCGCUGUCCCUGCGAAAUAG